UGCGUUGUAUGUCACCUGUAAACAGUGUAUUGGGGUUUCAAUCAUAUAAUUUCAGAAACCAGUGUUUUGCUAGCUUUUCAGAGAUAGACAACUGGAAAAUAAGGGUUAAAUAAAAAGGGGGCGACAUAGAGGGACAACUCUGAAUGCCUUUUUACCUUGGUUCUUGCUGAAAACUUGAUUACCUGUCAACACCACAUGGGAUCCGCGUGCUGAUCAAUGUACAAUACGACUUUAUUUUUUGGCAAUCAUUCUAUGGAACACGUUAAUACACAUGUAUGUUAAUUUCUUUUAAAUUAAUGUAGAACGUUCUGAAGAUAAUACAUGGUAUUUUAAACUUCCGCAUUCAUAAUGGCUAUCGUAAACAAUGUAUAGGGAAGUUUAAACCACAUUUGGAAAGCCCUGUGGAAAUGUUGAUCGAGUGUGACACAUAAAACGGAAAAAAUCAACAGAAAAAUAGAAAAGGAAGAACUGAAGUUGACAAUGAACACGGAAUAACUCAUUCAAAGUGAAGGAUGGCUGAUGUAACCAUGGACAAAUUUAAUAGGUACAGACAAACGGCAGACAUGUACUCUGAAUUUGGAUCUACAAACAAAUCACUGCCCACGGCCAGACCUACGGACGGGGAUGUAGACCCCCCGCCAAUACCCAUGCGUAACCGGAGGGUGAAAUUUGUUGACGAUUCCCGCUCCGAAAAAGAAGAAAGUAAACCCAUUCCUGAAAAAGAACGAAGCAAAAUACACUGGAAAGACCCAAAUGACAAAUUCCGCGAAUAUUUACUUUCAAAUGGGUUGAAUGAAGCCACGGUACAAAAAUUACUGGAUGAAGAAAUUCAAGAUGUACAGACUCUGGGUAUACUUAGCGAAGAAGACAUAGAUAAGCUGGAACUGAAAACAGGACAAAAGGCAAGGGUACGGAGUCUGACAAGAAGUAAGGAAACCAGUACUAAAGACCAGCAAUCGGACAGGCAUAAACCCACGGAGGUCAAAGGGAGAAGUUCAUUUCAAGAGGAUGAAAGACAAAAAGAACCAACUUUUGUGAAAUGUUCACAAAAUCAACGAUUUCCUGUUAAAAAACCUAUUGUGGGUUCGAAAACUAGAAAGAGAUUGCCAGUUACUAAGAACCACGCUGGUCUUUUACAAAUCUCUUCAUCGUCUUCUUCCGAGUCAGAUGGGGAGGGAGAGGUUCGUAUGAAGAGGGACACACUCCGCGGCGGUAGUGUAAAGGUAGCGCCAGAGAGAGAGAGAGACGUGGAACUGACCUACAACGUGCUGCAGACGGACGAGAAGGGAAAAGUUGUGAUGGAGCUGUCAACGAAACAAGCGAUGGAAGUACAUUGCGUGAAAGCGAGGAUUCUGAUUUUAGUUGAUAUUAGCGGUAGCAUGGGCAUUAAAUAUGACAGAAGACGCAAACACAGCAAAUUGUCGCGAAUGAAGAAAUUUGCUAUUGAACUAGUGGAUUCUUUGGAUGAUGGGGACUUUGCAUCAGUAGUCACUUUUGGCGAGAAAACUCAAGUUUUGUUGCCACUACAAGAAAUCAAUUCAAACACUCGGAGCAAUUUAAAGACCGUUUUGGAAACUUUGGACAAAACAUACCUUUCAACAAAGACAAAUCUUAGCGCUGGUCUAUCGCGGGCUAUUGAUAUAUUUAGUGAAAGAGCAAAAGGACCUGAGGAUCUGCUGAUGUAUAGAAACUCCAUUAUUGUUUUUUCUGACGGUGAAAUAAACGAAGGCACAAAGGAACCAAACAAACUGGUUCACGAGGUCAGGGAAAAAAUUCGUCGGAAUGCUUUCGAUUUGGAUGAUUCACAGAACCAAUGGGUCAGCAUUUCUACCAUAGCUACUGGAAAUGAUAUCUCAGAAGCAAUGUACUCGCUAUCAAAAUUCUGUAGUAGCGAUGCUUUCUACCAUCUUGAUGUUCAGAAAUCUGAAAUGGAUGACCCUGACCUCUUUCUCCCAGUCAUGCUGCGAAAGACAGCUGUUGUUUGGAAUGUCUCAGUCGUUGUCGAAGCCGUUAAUGGAGCAGUCAUAUUAGAUAAUGAAACUUCACAAGACAACAAGGUUCGCUUACGUGGAAGUGUGAGAGGAAAAGGGAAAACUGAAAAGGCUUUCUUCUAUUAUGACAUUCCAGCGGCUUCGACACGUCAUAUUGGGGUAGCGUUAGAUAUGAGUAAUGUCGACCAAGCCGCCAACACAGUCGUAAUGAAAACAAAGGUAGAGUACACAAAGGCAUCGGGCUUAAGAAUGAAAUAUUUCAUAGAAAUUGCCAGAGGCGAAUUUGCGAACCGGGGAGGCGGAAAGUCUGAGGCAAUCCAGGCUAAUCUGAUGCAUGAUGCAAGACUAAUUUCCCAGAAUGUGCUCCACAGGGCUGCAGAACAUGUUAAAACAGGAAACAUCGCAGCAUCGACAGAACAGCUUAAACAGGGACAGACAGAGUUGCAGGCUAUGAUGCAAAGGUAUGGUGCAAUGGCGGCUGACGAGCCCGAAUCUGAACCACGUAGGGGGCGUCAUUGUAUCGUAUCAACCGCAGAUACCCUGAUGAGGAGUGUGCGCGACAUGUUGGAUGAGGUCACAGUGAAACCGGAAACAGAAUGUACCUAUGCGGAUAGCAUCAUGAACACGAUGCAAAACUUGUUGACAGAUCUGGAGGGUAGUAAAACACAAGAUUCCAAUGAACCAGAUGGGAAAAGCUGGGCUAAAAUCAAAGCUGUUUCCUCGGCAAUUUCUCGUGAGGCGCCUACGAUUUCAAGUGAUGUGGACACUGACCGGCUAGCUCCUCUUCCCGACAUUCGGCGUGCAUCGGGCAAUAUUCAGCAUCAAAUAGAAAACUUACAGAAAAAACGAGAAGCACGAAAAUCCGCCAUGCCUGGCAUUCUGGAAUGAAGAGUACUGUGUCUUGUGUAUGCGUGUCUAUAAAUGAAUUGUUAUUUUUACUUUAUUCUUUGACUGAAAGGGGUAUUUCAAUUUUUUUUAAAAGUUUGUAACUAUGUGUAUUGCAUAGAGUUUUGUAGAGCACUUUGAAUUUCUCAAUGAUAUUUUGUUUGCAUUAGUAUCAAUAUAUUUGUUUGUGCAUUAUCGGAAAUAAUGAAAUGAUUUCAUAAUGACAUAAGCCUACACCUCGUGUAAUGACGAAAAUACGAACACAAUCCACACAUCACUGUAGACGCUCGUGUUGUUACAUUGUAAGCAUUUGUAUAACAUUAUAGGUAUGUUUUGUUUGAAACUUUGACUAAUUUUUAGAAUUCGACUCUAAUUCUUUUCAAAACUUAGUAAUUGUUUUUAUGAACUCAUGAUUAUUCUGUCCGAAUAAUGUAUGUUGGAGUAUAUUUAUAUUUUAGAAGUAAAAUUGUUAAUCUGUAAAAAAAAAAAAAAAAAAAAAAAAAAAAACCAUAUUGGGAUAUUCUUUACACACUUCCUUCUCGUCCUUUUUGUCUAUAAUUCGCAUUCAUUUUGAACUAGAGCGAAAUAUUUAACAGAUUCUCUAUCAUUUCAUACACCACCCACCUUGUCAUCCUAGCCUUUAGCAUAGUCGGUUUUUUUUUUUUACUUUACAUCUUUAGUGAAGUUUUGCUGGGUAAAGAAGGUGAUUUCCUGAAUUGCAAUAUCUUUCAAAAUAUUCCGAUCCUUUAUUUUCCCGGUAUUUGAAUUUUACGCUGGUAUAUGCAGGACACACAAAUAUAUUUACAAAACUUACGUCCUCGACAUAUCCUGCCGUACUCUUAACUUACAUUGAGUAUUCGACAUAUUAUCUCGUGUAGUCGUAUACCCAAGAGUGUGUACGAAGGCCCAUUCGACAUUAAAUUUACGAAAUUCGAAUUUCGAGAUUUGGAAAUCGAAAUUCAAUAUACAAAUUAACCAAUCAAAAUACAGGUCACAAUAGAUGAUUUAAAGAGACCACUUAUUUAAUCAAGCUCAUCAAAUGUAAACGAUCGCCAUCUUUAUUGUAGGUUAGGGUUUUGAGGUUACCGUACAUAAAUUUGAAAUAUAAGACAAAGGAAGUCCAAGCUUCUUUUCAUUUAAAUCUACACAUUUGCGUUGUGCACAGUUGACGUUAGGGCAUCGUCGCAAGCCACGCUUAUUGCUCCGUUUACACUACGACAAAUGUCUGACUGUGUGAUUAAACAAAUCCUCGACUUCAUGAAUCUAUGUUCAUUAGUCAACCAAUCGGUGAGCUUCCAUGGUUUAUCUUAUUUAUUUAGAAAAUCAUUCGGAGGUUAUUGCGUGCUCGUAGCGGAAUAAUCCGAGGAUUGCCGAUUGACAACAACUUUGACACUUUUUAGCUUUUCAUGCACAUUUCAACACAUCCACUUUACUCCGAAUUUCAAGUCUGAGAAAACGAUUAAGUUUAUCAACACAGAAGUUACAAGCGUAACCACUGCUGUUAAUGCGAAUUUCAUUUAAUAACUACUUACAAAGUUUUCUUGCUUCUGUAAACAGGGAUAUUUAGCCUGUUUUGUCUGUUAUUACCUAUAAACAAAUACUACACGUUUUAGUUGUGAGCGAAGCUAUUCAAAUACAUGUAUAUAGGGAAUAUGUUAUUGUGACUGUGAUCGAUAAAAAAAAAAACAACUAUUGUGUCGUUUCAUAAAUAUUCUUGAAAAUCGAAAUUUUCGCUGAUCAUGCAGCCACAGUUUGAGGUAGGGCAGGUACUACCGGUUAGCGACAAUGACGUUAGGGGUGCAGUGCACUUUUAAGUUUUAGUGAAAUCCAACUAUGUUUUCUAACUAAUCGGUAUAGCAAUCACUGUGUUUAUCUAAUAUUUUUACCGAACAAAACAAAAAUCCCAAAGCCUUUAUUUGUUAUUAUAUUUUUUAUACACCACUUUUGUAUCCAGUAAAGAUUCAUAUUGUAUAUGAUCGCAUUUGUGUUUUGUAACGAUAUUGUGGCUGGGUGAACGCUUUUAAAUAUCUACCAUUCCUAGUCAAGAUGCGGCCGUGUUUCCCAGCCAAUUUGUUUCUGUAUUUAUCUUUAGGACUUGCAUUUAAAUAAAUGACAAGCUUCUCCACCUUAA